ACAGCAAAGGAAUAGCCAUCCAAAUAAAAGUGUUUUCUAUCGUUUUGUUUUUAUUGCAACGUUAUUGUUUGUUGUGCUUUCGACCAUUUAUUCGCCUCUGUUUUUUGGCUAUUCUGUUGUAAUCGCAUCUUCUCUGUCGAGUGGUGGCCAUGGUAGAUGCCACUACAAUUCUUCUGAUUGUUAUUACCAUAUUGACGGCGGUGUUCGUGUGGUCGCGUCGUACAUAUGUCUAUUGGCAACGGCGUCGCGUCAAAUUCGUGCGGCCCAAUCAUCUGUUGGGCAACCUUAAGGAUGUGUUGAAAAUGCAAAACUCCUUCGCUUUGCAAUUGCGCGAUUUCUACUUCAAUGAACGAUUUGUGCGUGAACCCUUGGUGGGCAUUUAUUUGUUCCAUCAGCCCGCUUUGUUGUUGCGUGAUCUGCAAGUGAUACGCCAAGUGUUGAUCGAGGAUUUUGUGAACUUUUCGCAUCGCUUUUCGAAAUGUGAUGCGCAUCAGGACAAAAUGGGGGCGUUGAACUUGUUCUUUGCCCGCAACCCCGAAUGGCGUGAUAUACGUACGAAAUUGUCUCCUGUCUUUACAUCUGCCAAACUUAAGCAAAUGUUUUCUUUAAUGGAAGAGAUUGGCUACGAUUUAGAAACCUAUUUGGCCAAGCUGACCAAAGACAUGAAACACAAUAACAGCGAUGGACCCAUAGUGCAAAUCAAGGAUAUUUGUGAUCUCUAUAAUACUGACAUGAUUGCCAGCAUAGCCUUUGGCCUGAAAAGUUAUUCAUUGCGCAACACUAUGCGCUCCCAGUUGGGUGGGCAUAGUCAUGAAAUGUUUGCCAUCACCUAUCGGCGGGCAGUGGAUUUGUGCCUAAUUUUCAUAAUACCCAAGUUAGUUAAAUUUCUACGUCCCCAACUGUUUACAUCUGACCAUACCGAAUUUAUACGUCGUUUAGUUGUUGGCGUACUGGAGGAUCGUGAACGUAACGGUAUCAUGCGUAAUGAUCUCAUCGAGACAUUGUUGACCUUUAAGAAAGAGGCCGAACUAAAUCAGGACAAAACACAUUUUGCCCAUCAACAAGACUAUCUGGUCGCUCAGGCGGCUGUCUUCCAGCUGGCUGGAAUACAAACAUGUUCAUCAACAUUGGCAUUUGCCCUCUAUGAGUUGGCCCGCCAUCCCAAGUUGCAGGAACGUUUACACUUAGAAAUAGCACAGAUCAUAAAAGACUAUGGCAGCACGCUGAGCUUUGAACAUGUGGAGCGAAUGACAUAUUUGGGUAUGGUGGUGGACGAAACGCUGCGCAAAUACCCCAUAGUGCCAUUUUUGGAGAGAGAGUGCACGCCGUUGAAUAGAAAGCGAUUUGUAUCAUUCCGUCCAAAUGCUGAAUGCAUGGCCAGGAGAGGCAUGCCGGUGUAUAUAUCAAAUUUAGCUUUACAUUAUGAUCCUCAGUAUUGGCCAGAACCCGAACUCUUUGAUCCGGAACGCUUUUCGCCGGAACAAAAGAAAUCUCAUAAACCCAUGACAUAUCUGCCGUUUGGUGCCGGACCCCAUCAUUGUAUUGCCCAGUCAUUGGCCCUGCUGCAGGUCAAAUUGGGGCUGUUACACUUCCUCAAGCGCCAUCGAGUGGAAUGCUGUGAUAAGACUGUCAAUAGCAUCAAGUUUGAUAAGCGUUACGCCCUGCUAACACAGCAGGGUGGUAUUUACUUAAGACUUGUUGAAAUUUAAGUAGUUUUAAGAGACAAAGACAAAAACACACAUACAUAGACACGCACACCCACACACAUAUAUUCAUGCACACCAAGUUUUUAUUGUUUUAAUUUUUUUUUUUUAAAUGGUAUUUUAUAAAAUUAAGAAAAUAAAACGAACCACCUUUUUAUAUGGAACUUUUCAAAUGACUCAAGAAUAAA